ACUACCUUUUAUCGGGGUCAAACAGGCAUCUAAACGUCACCAGGAAGCAGUAGAGAGGAGAGUUAAGGCGACAUUUGUUGUUGUUGUCGUUGUCAGUUGUGCUGUAUCCGUUCCCUGUCUGGCAGUCUGGUCGACGGACCAGCGGAGCGUUCUCACGGUGUAGACUGAAGUCUCUUCACUGGCGGAUGAAUGGCAAUGACAGCAGUGAGAGCGGUGGCAGCGGGGGGCCCGGCUUCUUUGUCCCGGUUUAGGGGCGCGCUGGUCGCGGCUGUGCUGGGAGACUGUGUCGGCGGAGAGUUUGAAGGAGCCGAGGAGGUUCCCAUGGAGAGUGUGUUGCAGCACCUGAACAGCUUGGACGACGAAAUCAAAGGAAAUGCUGUCCUUGAGUACAGUGAUGACACAGCAAUGGCACGUUGUGUGGUCCAGUCUCUACUCACCCGGGCUGGCUUUGAUGAUCGGGACAUGGCUCAGAGGUUUGCUAAGGAGUACAGUGCAUCCCCAGGUCGUGGUUAUGGUUCUGGAGUGAUCCAGGUGCUUAAGAAGCUGUCCUCCCCCCAGCUCAGUGAUGUGUACCAGCCGGCCAGGGACCAGUUCAAUGGUCGAGGCUCCUUUGGGAACGGCGGGGCCAUGAGGGCAGCCCCCUUCGCGUUGGCUUUCCCUGAUAAGGCUGAUGUUAAAAGGUUUGCCCGUCUGGGUGCCAUGCUGACCCAUUCCUGCUCUCUGGGUUAUAAUGGAGCUAUGCUGCAGGCGUUAGCUGUGCACCUCUCCCUGCAGGGAGUGCUAGACCUGCCUCAGCAGUUCAUCAGCAGGCUAAUCACAGAGAUGGAGGAAGUGGAGGACAACGAGGUGACACGCAAUGAUGCCAAAAUCCUAAAAGAAGCAGAUAAGCCAUUCUGUGAGCGCCUCCACAGAGUUAGAGACCUGAUGGACAGGAGCAAGGUCAGCAUAGAGGAGGUCAUUCAUGAACUGGGUAACGGCAUUGCCGCUCUUCACUCAGUCCCCACUGCCAUCUUCUGCGUCCUCUACUGCCUUCAGCCUCUGGAAUGCUUUCCAGAGAACUAUGGUGGCCUGGAGAGGACAAUAGCUUACAGCCUGGCCUUGGGAGGGGACACAGAUACCAUAGCCUGCAUGGCAGGGGCCAUCGCCGGGGCCCACUAUGGCAUUGAUGCUAUUCCUCAGUCGUGGAUAAAGUGCUGCGAGGGCGCAGAGGACGCAGACAUGAACGCAAAGCGACUCCACAUGCUGUACCACCAGUGGUCACGAGGAGGCGGGAGCGGGACAGGGGAGCAGAGCUGUGGAGACGCAUGUGAAAGUCUGUCAAACGCUUCUAACGGCACAGAGAAGAAAACUGGAGCUGAGUGAUUCAUCAACUGGAGUUUGAGUAAAGGACUCUUGAACACACACACACACACACAAACACCCUUUUGGUCAACAGAGAAUGUGUGAUCAAUAAUUCAACAUUGUCACUAUGGUAAUGUUACUUAACAUGUCAACAGCUCAGUUUCUUUCUUCUUCUCAGUUGGGUCAGCAGGUAUUGAGAAACCCACGCUUGCAAAAAAAGGCAAAAUUACUGUAAAAGAAAAAAAAAAACAACAACAACAAGAUAAUAAGUUAUUUGUUAGGGGUGACAAUGGUGAGCCUGAAUAAACAUAAGUGUCACCAGACUGACUGUAUAUUAACUGUCAUACGGAAAUACAGAAUCAUACACCUCUCAUUUCCCUGUUCUUUCCUGUUUUAUGUUGAACAAUCUUUUGUCAUGUGUAAGUUGCACUAUGAAUUGGCCAUGUCUGGUUUUAUCCAUUUGAUGGAUAAAAAUUAUUUAAUAAACUUUUUCUUUUGAAAAUCA